CGAUUGCCUAGUUUGUUUGGCACUAACUUUACACUUCCAGAAGCACUGCAGUUUAGUUGCAAACAACAAGUAAAGACAGCUGACUUGGUUAAGUUUACAAAAACAAACAGAACACAAGGAACUUAACCCGGAAGUUAAAGCUUUCGCAUGGCUUGCUGGGAUAUUAUCAGUGACAUGCGCGUACAGAAAAAUGGUAGCCAGCACUGCUGAUGCUGGUUGAUGUCGGAACAACUUAACUAACAUUCGUGCAUGCUAAGAAUUUCCUCUAAGGGUCGCCCAAGGCAGAUACCCAAACGUAGUUUGGAAAGAAGCUGCACCUAUGUGGAAAUGCAGUAAAACGGGACGUCGAAAUUGAGGUCAGCGUUGGCAAGCAAUCGCCGCAAAUAUGUCUGGGUCUGGAGGCGUAGAUUUAGCAACGGCAACAACGACUAGCAAUCCGUCGGCUGAUCCCAGUCGUGGGGUUAGCGUGUGCGCUGUGAAGACGCCGCGCGAACCGGCAGGGAAACUGAACGUGAUAAACGGCCCUGAUGCUGGAAGUACGGAAGAAGACAACCAUUCUAGUACAGGGGACGGGAAAAGUGGGGGGAAUUUCAUUUGCCAAGUUGGAGGAGGUAGCCUAAGUAAGAUUAAUCAACAUAUAAAUCAUGACAACACAGAAAGUCAUGAUCAUGAAUCCAUGGUGAAUUGUUUGUCGACGAAUGAAUGCUUGAGUGAAAAAGGACCUGCAACGGUUGGUGCCAAAGGCUGCUCCUGCAGCGACAAAAAUACGAACGAAAUUUGUCAUUUAGGUACCCCUGAUGCAAAAAUUGUUGAUAAAGACACAAAAACAGACACACCGAAAAAAAUAAUGAAGCGAAAGACGAACAUGGCCAAAGGGGCAGAAGCUGCUUCCGACCAUGGAAUGACAAAUGGUUGUUGUGAUUGCCAUGUGGAUGAAGCAUUGCUGAAAACUGAUGAACACGUUGUUGGUAGCCCUUGUACAAAGGCCGUAAAAUCAGAGACACUUGAGAAUCCUAACGUCCCGUGCCAUUCUGGAGAAAACUCGGGAAACGUGACCUGCAAUUGUGAUGAGAAAAUGAGUGAACCUUUAACUGAUCUGACAAAAAUGGUUGAGAAUAUUUGCCUGGAAAGUGAUGAUGCCCAAAAGAUGGACUUUUCGUCAUCAACGGAGAAAAGCAAGUCGGAGGCAUCAGCCUGUUCUGAGCAGGGAGCAGCGUGUGCUGAUUUACUUGCAGGGAUGGAGCAGUCCUUUGGCGUCAUCGGACCAGCAGUGGCUGGUGAUCUCGACGAUGCAGAAUUAGAGGAGCUUCCAGCCUCCCUCUCUGACUUUGUUCUCGGUUGCCAUAACAACCAGUACACAGUGCCUCCCUGUCCGCCCAACGACAGCGAUAUCAACACGAUACACAUUCAGACUGAGACAGGUCCUGAUGAUCACCCAGUCACCCUUAUGCCGUACAAGUCGGAAGUCCAGAUGCCAGACAUAAUGAGGCUCAUCACAAAAGAUUUGUCUGAGCCGUACUCAAUUUACACAUAUCGUUACUUUAUUCAUAACUGGCCUCAACUUUGUUUUUUGGCAAUGCACCAAGACAAGUGCGUAGGGGCGAUAGUGUGCAAGCUGGAUGUCCACAAGAAGAUGGCGCGACGUGGCUACAUAGCCAUGCUGGCGGUGGAUGAACACUACAGGAAGCUUCAAAUUGGCUCAAGUCUGGUGAAGAAAGCCAUCCGUGCCAUGGUCAGGGGAGAGUGUGAUGAGGUUGUUCUAGAGACAGAGAUUACCAACAAGCCGGCUCUAAGACUGUACGAGAACCUCGGCUUUCUACGAGACAAAAGGCUCUUCCGGUAUUAUCUCAACGGUGUGGAUGCUCUACGGCUCAAACUUUGGUUGAGGUAAAAAAAAAAAAAAAAGUGGCGUAAAUUGGGUGUAUGGGAACAUCCAUUUCCAGUUUUGUAGUCGAGGAACUUGUGAUGGAUCACAAGUACAUCACAAGUCCGGUCAUAAGAAUAUCACAAGUCAUUUCACAAGCCCAGUCACAACUCACAAGUAACACUAAAAACGGAGUGCCUUUGUCACAGAUCAUUUGAAUAGCUUGUGAUGUGAUUUGGGACUAAAUUACCCAUGGAUUGACUUCUGACAACUUAUUACGACUUGUGUUCCAUCACAGUACCACAAACACCUUGACUAUGUAAACACUUUCCAUGUUGGUAACAAAUCGCAUGUGUUCCCAUUGAAAUCAAAAAUGGUAUAGGUGCUUACAGCUGGAACCUUAAAUUCUAAAGAAAAACAUACAUGUAAUGCCUCUACCAAGGCAAAUAUUUAGGCUCUGUUUUUCAUUGUAUGUUUUCUUUCCAUCAGCACCUUUUGCUGAGAGCAUAAAGGCCAUUUCAUAGUCAGUGCGAAAGUGAAUGUGAACACAAACUUGUGACAUGAUGGCAAGUUUUCGCGUUGUGAUUUCGCAGAAGUUGAACAGCAUUCAACUGCGGCGAAUUUCGCGAAUGUUUCCUUACAUCAAAUUCGCUUUCGCGUUAAGCAUAAACAGGCCUUCACACUUGUGUCAUUUUAUUUGGUGUACGAAAAUGCUGCUGUUUUGUCUGUUUGUGGAAUAAAAUCAGUUUCUUCAAGAAAAACGUUGAGCUCUCAAAAUGAAAGAAGAGAGGGCUGUGUGACUUCAAACCUUUCUUUUGGCAGAAUUUCAAAACAAUACUUUGUGGGCAUUCUACCUGCCAGCAUUCAUCAAAACUCGGAUAAUUAUUACAACUAAAGACAAGAGCACUGCAAAUGUUUGCUUUGCCUCAGACUUCAAAACCCAGUAUGGACUUCCUGCACUUUUAGAUCAACUUGAAUUUGACCAGGUCAUUUUACAAGUGAGGUCAUACUUUCGUCCCGAAAUCGUAUGUCUAAAAUUUCUCUGCAUAAAUUCUGCUUUGUGUGUAUGCUGUGAGUUGAUGUUUUUAUCUGUCCCAUUCACGUAAACUUCAUAGUGUAAUAAUGAAUGAGUAUAAAUCUGUUGUAUAGUAAUAAUGACGAUGCAAGUAUUGAUGAUGUAAAUUGAAUAAUGAGGACAUACAGAGCUCAACGUACAUACACGUCAUUUUAUAAAUUUAGGAGCCAAAGUGUGACGCAAUUAUUUCCUGUGCCUGUUAGUUGUUACUUUGGUAUUUUGUAAUUUGCCAUUCAAGUAUCUUUAAGAAUGACCUCAAAUGAUUUUUUAUUUGUUGGGUAGGUAGUUUGUUAUUCAUAAUCACUUUUGGAGGAUGACUGCAUUAAGGAGUGCGUCAGAAUUAUAGAAAGUCAGAUGUAAAAGGUACAGGAAAAAGUGAACCCCAAAUUUAUAGAAUGACCCAUAUUCUUUCCUGCUUUGGGCCCUGUAAUCCUUCCUUCAAAUUUGUUCACUUCACUUAAGCAUUUCAGCCAUUCAAAUUGGUAUUAACUAGUUGAGUUUGUCAAAUGGUUUGGUCUUUGAUGUGCAUGGGUCCACACAGACAUGUUCACACAAGCUUGUUCCGUAACUGUGGGGACUACACACGAGUUGUCCCAUGGUACUAUGGGGACCGAAGACGCUGUGGGGACAGCCAAAAAUCCCCAUAACUCAAUCCUGAUUUCCCUAACAAUAAAAACGCUUCCCCAUAACGCGGUGACGGCCCGCCCACUCCCUGGUGUACAUUACCUACCUCAUGCACAGGGUUUAUUGUAGCUGUGAUGGUUCAAGCUGUUGGGCUGAAAAUCGGCCAAAAGUCUUUCAGAACCUAACCACCCCAACCCUUCAAAAUCCAACUGCAUGUUUUUGUUGGAAUCUGUUGGAGUGAGUACUGCACUAGUAAACUGAUCAUGCUUUGAAUGGGGUAAGGCACACCACCAAUAAUCAGAGUCCAACAGUUUAGGUGUUGAGUUUAACAUAUGGUAUUGGAUUUUGCAUGAGUGAGGAAGGCUCCUAGUAAAUCACUCAAGGGGUUUAGUGAUGUACCUCACAGAGGCCAAUAUUGUUUUAAGUGUUUCCUUAUUGUUUUGCCUCCUUGAAUGGAGUUGAAAUACCACACCGUAAUCUGUAGUGAUUAUUAGAGAGCCAAAACAAAAGACAAGAGUUCAAUAGGAAAUAUCUAAAAGAUUGCGUCCCAUUCUUAGGACAUGUGGGCCCAAUACAAUGUUGUUGGAUAGUGUGCUUUUUAAUUGUGUACCUGGGAUUGUUAAAAUCAUAUCUUCAAAAUAAGUAGAAAAAUAAAUGACAAAGUUGAAAAUUCUUCACGUAAUAAAAUCAAAUGAAUUCACAUUCUCUUCUACAGCAAAAGAAAAAAAGUUUUAAAGGCAAAAAAAAAAAUCACAAUUAAACUUACGCACAUACAUAUAUUUC